AUGGCUUCCACACAGCAGGAUCACGUCGUUCUCCUUGUUGAUGACCAUUUCUUUGAAAACCUACCCGCCUGGGUCACCGACAACUUCACGGUCACCCCUGGAGGCUACCACGAUGGCCAGCCAUCUCGCAACAAAUUAGUAAUUUUUGCUGAUGGCAGCUACCUGGAGUUCUUCAACUGGUACGACACACCACCGUCUCUAGACAACGAGAGUUUACCAAUGAGAUUCUGGGGCUCUAAGAAGCCGGGGCUAAUCGACUUUGCAAUCACUGAUACAACCCACUCUGCUGAGGAAUCGGUGGGAACGGUCAACGAGCGACUAUCCGAGGGGCCCCACAAAGAUGCCGGUCUUGGUAUCAGAUUCGGCAAGCCGGUUGCUGGUUCGCGCAAGAAAGCCGACGGCGUGGAGAUCAAGUGGAAAGUCACACGACCAGAUUUCUCCAACGGAGACAAGACGCCUGGCCAAGAGCUUUUUCCCAACGGCAGAAUUGACGUCCCAUUCUUCUGCCAUGAUGAUACCCCGCGGACAGAUAGAGUCCCAAGCCAGGAUGAGAACAAGACGACACAUCCUUGUGGUGCCACAGGCAUCGCUUCCUGCGAGAUCCUCGUACCCAAGCACCUGCAGACCGAGUAUGCCCAGGUCUACUCUAAGAUCCUUGGGUCCAAGCUCGAACCAGCCGCCGGUCAAAGCUCGAUUACCCUUGACAUCGGUGUCCCACACGGAUCUACCCGUUCUAAAGUGGUGGUGCGUGCUGCAGAGACGGAACAAGAUAUCGAGCGGAUGCAAGAGAGGGGCAUUGGCUUCUCUGAUCUUGUCAUAGCUGUCAAGUCCGAGGGUCCCGGUGGCAAGAAGAGGCGUCCGUUAGGAUUCACGGGCAUCGAGUCCACGAUCUGGUUAGAGGCGUUAUAA